AUGCGAUUCUCCGGCCAUGUCGUAGCCUUGGCCAUUCUGCUCGCUGCCGGCCCCUCACAGGCACAGGUCUUGAUCAAUGAGCUCAGCUUUGGCCAUUCAGGACGUCUGGGAGCUGGCGACGGGAAAAUUCCACACUUCACAAUCACGGGUCAGCCUCACCAGCCUGAGGUCCUAUCCAACAAGAUCAUCCUCACGCCCAUCGACCCCGGCAACCAGCGAUCGUCGAUCUGGUCAGAUGCACCUCUCACGCACUCGACUUGGGUGGCUGACAUAGACUUCCGUGCGAGCGGACCGGACCGAGCUGGCGGCAACCUAAACAUUUGGUUGGUGAGGCGAGGCAAGGAGGAAGUCGGUACGAACAGCGUCUAUACCGCCGGGAAAUUCGACGGUCUUGUACUAGUAGUGGACUCACAUGGUGGCUCUGGUGGCAUGAUCCGUGGUUUCUUGAACGACGGCACCGUUGAUCACGUAUCACAGCCCAAUGUGGACAAGCUCGCCUUCGGGCAAUGCAACUAUUUUUACCGAAAUCUUGGCCGUCCCUCACAAAUCAAGCUUCGUCAGACUGCUUCCAGUUUCAAAGUCGAAGUCGACGGCCACAGUUGCUUCGAGACGGACAAGGUGUCGCUGCCUCCUGGGUACUACUUCGGUAUCACGGCCGCUACACCCGAAACACCCGACUCUUUCGAGGUCUUCAAGCUCGUUGUCCUAUCUGACUCGGCUGUCUCCGGAGACAACAAGCAGCAUAGUUCUCGACAAGAUCAGCCUGGUAAUAACCAGGCACGGCAGGCGCAGCAGGCGCAGCAAAACAACAAUGACGGCGUUGGCAACGCCAUCCCCGACCAAUCCGCGGACACGUUCCAAACUUCCAAGGAGCAGUUUGCAGACCUCCACAACCGUCUCCAAUCUGUCACUCACCAGAUAACCGGCGUGUACGCCGCCGUUUCCAAACACCACCAGAUGGACGAGGCGCGACACGAGGAAAUGAAGAAGGCAUUCGACUCUCUCCGUCACGAGCUCGCAGCUCUUCGACAAAUAGGUGAUCUGCAAUCCAAGAUUAGAGAACUAGAGUUGGAAAUUCACAGUAUGCACCGCGACAUGAGGCAGAAGCUUGACGCUCACGGUCAAUCCUUUGAGGCCAACCUGCGCAGCCACCAUCGAUCUCUCUCCGCGGCUCUAUCCGACAGUAUUCCCGGUCACGGCAAAUUGAUGGUGUUCUUUGUGGGUACGCAAAUUGUUCUCGUGACUGGGUACGUGGUCUAUAAGCGCCGUAGGACGAGUAGCCCCAAGAAAUACCUGUAA